UACCAUGCACAAUUCCAUUAUUUACUUUUGUAGUAAAUUUUAAAGAAACAUUCUUUAAUACAUUUGUUAGAUUUUCUGCAAAUGAAGUUUUAGAGUGUAGAUGCUGAGUGACAGCAGUGGGAGAUUAAAGUCACAUAAUCCAGCAUUAAAAGUAGCCCCAUAGAGGCUGACUGAGCUGUUUCAGUAACAGAAACACUAAAGUCUGCAUCAGUUCUAGCUUUUGACACAUCUGGGUGUGAAAUGGUCUCCAGCUCAACGUGACUCAAAAGCAGAAGAAGUGCUCAACAGUUCCUUAGAGAAAAGAAAGACUUUGACGAGACUGGUGCAAAUCAGGAAGUGGUUUGCCCACUAAUUACAGGAAGUAGAAACGCCAGUAAAUGCUCAAGUUUAGAAGGAUGGGAAGUAAAGGGGCGAUGAAGGGAAGAGGAGCGACGGGCGACUCGAAGUGGAUCCGGAUGUUCUUACUGGUCAUGAUGUCUACAGGAGUCAUUUGUGGAGAUCUUCUCUACACCAUCAGAGCUGGAGAUGAUGUCACUUUGUCUUGUGAAAAUGUGAUUAACGGUCACAGAAACUGUAACACCACCACCUGGAACUACAAUAAACUAGGAGGAGAAGCACAAGAGCUGGUUGGUCAUGGCCAGGUUAAAUGCAACAGAUCAGACUCACUGAGUCUAGCAGGAAACUGUUCUCUGGUUCUGAGGAACAUCUCAGCUGAAGAUGCUGGUUUAUACACCUGCAGACAGUAUGAAAGAGAAGGAGGUGGUACAUCACGUAGUGAUGCUCCUGUUUACCUCUCCGUUGUUACCCUGAGAGAACAAACAGAGCAGAACAAGGUGACGUUCACCUGCUCUGUGUCGCCGUACGAUGAAUGCAGACGUAAAGUGAAGUGGUUGUUUAAGGGUAACGAUGUGGAGAAAGAUCAUCCUGAUAUAAAGACAUCAUCUCCAUCUUCCUGCUCUGCUGCUGUGACCUUUCAGACCUCCAACUACGUUUACUCAUCAAGGUUUAAGUUAUUCAAAUGUGAAGUAGAGACAGAAAACAAACAGCAGCUUUUUACCUUCAGCUCUGGUCCAACAGGAGGGAAAACCGACACGACGGAGUCUGCAGGUGGAAGCGGAGCUGCAGACCGAGGGUGGACCUGGGUGUACGUCGGGGUGGGCGUGGCCACCGUGGCCUUAAUCAUAGGCCUCGCACUCGUCAUACUCAAGAGAAAUCAAGUUUUACAGCAGAAAGGCCCAAAACAUUCCAGUGGGGGCACGACCUCCGACCCUGACGUGGCUCCGUGUGCCUCAGAACAAGAACAGGUUGAAGCUGAAGGUGAAGCUGCCUACGCUUCCAUCAGCUACACCAAGAAACCCAACAGGAGCGGCAGGGAGAUUAAUGUUGACGUUGAUGUCACUUACAGCGUGGUGAAAGCUCCGCCCACUGAUCCCAACAGCCUCUAUGCUUCAGUCGUAGAAAAACCUAAAUAAUAAAUAAUAAAACUCUGCUGGUCUGAUAGCAAAGCCUCAUCAGUUAAUGGAAGAUGUUUUUCAUGGUUUUUGUUUAUUUUAAAUCUUUGUUUUCUUUUAGCGUCAUCUUUAAAGUAACUCAUCAGUAUUUAACCCGGACUGUAUUAUGUAACAGUUUGAUAUUUAAUUAGACUUUUUACUUUAAGCGAUGGGCGUGACAGGAACAUGUUCAGAUGUCAUGAAGGAUGUGAUUCAGCAGAGCAGCUGUGAGAUGUAAAAAUCCAACUCAUGAAGAAACUUGUUGUCACGGAGACGCAGGAUGAGUGACAGCUCUAAAGAUGCUUUUUACAGUCAUGCAUGUUUUCUUUUCACCUCUUCUUACACACAUACACAUGUAUUUAUGCAUGUAAUGUUUUAGACUUAUUUUGUAUUUUUAACAGAUUCAGAUGCAAUAUUUUGACAUUUUCUUUUAUCUUUUUUUUUUGUUUUGUUUAAAUGCUCAUUUUCUUGUAAAAGUCUUAAUGCUUCAGAUGGUUCAGUUAUUGAUAUGAUGACACCUGCUGGUAAAAUGGCAUCCAUAAUAAAGACACAUCAGUUUGUUUCAAAUAAAUCUUAA